AUUAAAAUUGCAUAAAAAAAAAAACAAAAUUAAUUUAAAAAAAAGAGAAAAGAAACUUGAAUUGUAAAAAAAUGGCUAAAGAAGCUGGUUUACCUCCAGAAAUAAAUUCAGUUAAUGAAAAUAAUGAGUCAAUAAUUCCAUCAGAUAUUAAAAAUGAAUUGACUGAUGACGAGGUUGAAAAAGGUCUAAAAGAAAUUGAUUUUAAAGACAAUGUCAUAACAAUUGAUACAACUGAUAAAAGAUGCUCUCGAAUAAUAAGACAACAGCAUUCAUUUGCAGCAAAAAAAACAGUUGCACAAGGAAUGAUGGAUGUAGCUCUGAUAACAGCCAAUGCAAAUCAAUUGCGUUAUUUAGUUGAAUAUCAACGUAAAAGUCCAACUUUUUGGAUAAUUGUUGCAUUAAUUAUCUUCAGUCUUUUACUACAGAUUGCAGUUGGGAUGAGUUUGAUAUUCAAAGGACGUUUUGAUGUUAAAGGAAAAUCAAAAUCACCACAAGCAAUUAAAAUAAAUAAUUAUGUUGUGGUUGGUGUUUUUUUAAUAACAAUUAUAAAUGUAUUUGUUGCUGCAUUUAGUGUAACAUCUGCUCCAUCAGUUUUACAAAAUUAUCCUUAAUAAUUAUUGCAAUAUUAAUCAUGCUAAUUGUGCUUUUAUAAUAAUUACAAUUAAUUAUUUUUAUUAAAAUCCAUUGACCCUGUCCAAUGGCCUACUUGGCAGUGAAUUUAAAAAUCUCUGAAUAGUCAUAUUGAAGGACGACAAUAUACAAGGUGUUAUAAAUUUAAAAAAUAUAAUUUUUAAAACAACAAAAACACAAAAUUUAUAGUUUAUUAA